GAUUGAAUUCCUGACUAGUAAGUGGGUGGUAAUACUAGACCACCCAUUUCCAGGUGAAAAUCUGAAGCCCAGAGAAGCUCGACGAUUUCUGUCAAGCUCUGAAGCUGGCGUCGCCCCUGCCACCAGGUCGCCUGGGGCCAGAGCCGGUUGCCCAGAGUCGCGCGCUUUGAUGGACGGAGGGGGCGGGGGCGCGGGCGCGGAUGCUUUAAAGCGCCCCAGUUGGUCGGCUCCCAGCGGUGCGAGGCGGGCACUCUCAGAGCCGCGGGGCGCGGGGAGCAGUGGCCCGAGCAGGGUCCCCAGAAGCAUCAGAGGGGCCAGCAGAGCUGGGGCGCCUCCAUCUACGGUGGGGAAGGAGCGAACCCCUACGGAUAGAGGCGCAGAGCCUGCCAGGGGUGCGGAGUGUCCCACGUUGCCACGGAGAUGGCACUGCACGUGUGGUGACGGUGCUCGCGCCCCGAGGGUCCCACCCCCGUGCCCUGCGUCCCUGGGCGAGCAUGGAGCCCCCAGAGCCCGAACUGAUCCGGCAGAGCUGGCAGGCGGUGAGCCGAAGCCCGCUGGAGCACGGCGCAGUGCUGUUCACCAGGCUGUUUGACCUGGAGCCCGACCUGCUGCCCCUCUUCCAGUACAACUGCCGCCAGUUCUCCAGCCCAGAGGACUGCCUCUCCUCCCCUGAGUUCCUGGACCACAUCAGGAAGGUGAUGCUUGUGAUUGAUGCUGCGGUGACCAACGUAGAGGACCUGUCCUCGCUGGGAGAGUACCUGGCUGGCCUGGGCAGGAAGCACCGCGCAGUGGGUGUGAAGCUCAGCUCCUUCUCGACGGUGGGCGAGUCCCUGCUCUACAUGCUGGAGAAGUGCCUGGGCCCCGCCUUCACGCCGGCCACUCGAGCAGCCUGGAGCCAACUCUACGGGGCCGUGGUGCAGGCCAUGAGUCGCGGCUGGGAUGGCGAGUAAGAGGCGGCAUCUGCCCAGCGGCCUCCACCUGGUGGCCUUCAUCUGUCUGUGUCUGUCUGUCGGUCUGUGUCUAUUGUAGCCCAGGCUCCCCUAGGCCUGCCUGCGUCUUGCUCCUUGUCCCCUUGACCAUAGAGAAGAGGUGAUAGAGCAGGCCUGGGUCUCCACCCCCGGCCCCCCGAAGUGCAGACGGGUGGCUUUUCCUUCAGCAUAGGGCUUCUGGAUUUUCCUGCAUCCUCGGUGGCUUCUUCCCGGCUUGCCCUCUUUCCCCUCUGGAAUCUCUCCUUCAGCCAUGAGGAGCAGCAGCAUACUGGUGGCCCUGGAGGCCUGGGGCCAGGAGGGUGUGGGGCUCUUCUGUCAGCGUCCCCUCCGGGUGAGCCUGGGCCACGUCGGGGAGUGAACGGCUGAGCUCCAGGCUCCUUCUUCAAUGCUUUGCUCUCCCGGGUGUUUGCCUUUCACAAGGGAAGGGGAGGGACAGCUUGAGCCUCCAUGGCGGAAUCCCAGGCAGGUCAGUGGGAGAACCGCUGAGGAAGGGACAGGUGAGACUCUGUGAGGGGCUCGUCGGGGCCUCAGGGACCUACCAUGGUGUCCCUGCAGUGUCAUCCCCCCCCCAUCCCUCCCGCAGCAUUUCUGGUGGCAGCUCCCUUUUUGUCACUGUGUAGGAACCGGCUAGCCAGCCAGGGUGGGUGGGGGAGGGGCGGCUGUGGAAGGCCAAGGAAGGAGGGGUGACUUCAUUCCGAGAGACGGGAGUCUCCUCUCGCCAGCCUUCCUUCCUGCCUCUGCCAGCACUGCAGGCGGGCCCUCAGCACCCCGUCUUUCAUACUCAUACUCGGCGUGUGCCAGUACUCGGGGGUGGAUAGGCAAGAAAGCAGUCCCUCUACCUUUGCCCCGAGCUGCCUGCACUUUUAUCCUUUGCUCUGUGCUGUGGUUGUGUAAACUCCUGAGGA